AUGUGCGUAGCACUACUUUUUAGACCGGAGGAGUUGCGAAUGCCACAUAGGGACACUAUGUAUGUAAGCUUGACGAUUUGGAGCUUGCGUGGGUUUUCCCUUCAAUCUAAUAGACGAUCUCAUCGUGUAGUGGCCAGCCACACUGGAGCGCUAUCAAUCGUGGUCUGA